AUGACCCUGCGUCUAACUUCUGCCCCGGUCUCUGGUAUUAAGAAACGAUCCUCUACUGCUCGCGCCCAACCCUCGCCCUUUGCUGCCCAUGCGCGCCGCAAAGCCACCGCCAGCGGGGCCGGUGUGAAGGCUGCUGUCCCGGACUGGGGAGUCGAUGACCCCCUGCCGGACCAAGGCAGCUCACAAUAUAUCUCCACGACAGCACCUGUUCAAAAUGUGGUGCAAGCGAUCCAGUAUAUCCGAACAGGCAUGUUCGACGACCUGCCCGCCCGAGCCGGCAUGAACAGCACUCGGAUCGCCGAAGUCCUCAACCUGCGCCGCUCUUUGCCACCCCUCGCCUCGGUGGCCCACGUGCAUACCCUCCUCGAUGCGCCGACUCAGGUCGAACGGGAGAUUGUGGAGUUGGUUCAGUCGGGUCGGGUUCGGCGCUUGAUUGUUCCUGGCCGUGGCGGUGACGCUGCGGGACUGGGCGAUUGCUUGGUUCUAGCCGAGGACUGGGAGGAGCUGGUACAAGGGAACGCUGCGUUGGGUGCAUCAGUCAAGGGUGAGUAUGUUUGA